UACUUUUGACACUUAUUCGGAAACCGAAUGACGUGAGGCGGGAGGAAAAUCCACUUGAAUUUCUCAUUGGAUGAUUAAUAAUUAAAUCUUGAUACGAAAUGAUAACUUUGUAAUAAAAACACCGGUGAAAUGCUAAUAAGUUUACAAUGUUAAAGAACAAGACGCAGACGUAAUGUAAUUUACGUUAAAUGAUUACUUUGUCUUGUGAUACUGAAAUAAUAUUUCAGGAAAGCAUACGUUUGAAUAAAAUAAACAAUCCUUGAGUUUGUUUGAAAAACGAGUGAAUCGUGAUUCAAUAUAGGAAAUAAAUUUAAUAUGAAGCCUGGUUGUAACGGCACCACAAUGCACCCGGCAAUACUAGUGACUGGCGGCGCUGGGUACGUGGGCUCUCACACGGUGAUAUCUCUACUAGAGAACCAGAGCGAGGCAGACCCGUUCGACAUCGUAGUGGUGGACAAUUUGUCGAACGCGUACCGAGCGGAGGGGCAGAAGAAACCGGAGGCGCUGGUCAGGAUCGAGGAGUUGACUGGGAAGACGAUAUAUUUCUACCAUGCGGAUAUAAGGGAUGCGAAAGCUUUGAGCAAUAUAUUUGAAAAUCACAAAAUAGACUCUGUGAUCCACUUCGCAGCGCUGAAGGCGGUCGGCGAAUCGGUGCAGAAGCCGCUCGAGUACUACCAGGCGAAUAUAACAGGCACCUGCACUCUGUUCGAGACAAUGCGCAAAUACGGCGUGUACAAGCUGGUGUACAGUUCCUCCUGCACCGUGUACGGAGAGCCUCAGUCGCUGCCGAUGAACGAGGCGCACCCCACCGGCGACCUCACCAGCCCCUACGGGAAGUCCAAGUACUUCUGCGAGGAGAUCAUGAAGGACCUGUGCCUCAGCGAUCAGAGCUGGGCAAUAAUCUCGCUGCGCUACUUCAACCCUGUGGGAGCGCAUCACAGCGGACGCAUCGGGGAAGAUCCCAUGGGCAUUCCCAACAACCUGAUGCCUUAUAUAUCACAGGUGGCAGUGGGUCGUCUCCCCGAGCUGCAAGUGUUUGGUAACGACUACAAGACGGUGGACGGCACGGGCGUGCGCGACUACGUGCAUGUGGCCGACCUCGCCGACGGACAUGCGCGUGCGCUCAAACUGUUCCGACAGCCCGGCUUCAAUGGAUUCCAUGCUAUUAACUUGGGCACGGGCACAGGCUACUCGGUCCUGCAGAUGGUGAAAGCGUUCGAGGAGGCCAGCGGUCGGUCGGUGCCGUACCGCGUGGUGGGGCGGCGCGCGGGCGACGUGGCGGCUAACUACGCAGACGUGGCGCUCGCCGCCCGCCUGCUGGCGUGGCGCGCCACACGCGACCUGCCAGACAUGUGUCGCGACACGUGGCGCUGGCAGCGGGACAACCCUAAGGGGUAUCAGGCGUAGGUAUAGGAACCUUACAGUCCACAAGAUCGCAACUUCGAUAAUGAGUGAUUUUUUUAGAGAACAGUUUUUAAAACACGUCAAAUUUUAUUUUAUCAUUUACCUAAGGCUUCAGUGCUACGAUCACGAGGCUGAUUUUAAAGAGAAAUGAGCGGAUUGUGCAACUAAUACUUGACUUAUUUAGAUUUACCUGUAUAUUAAAACUGAAAUAUAAGAAUUCAAGAAAACGACAACUACUGGACGCCCGAUCGCUUUAUCACUUUUACUUCUUUGGAACACUUAACUAUGGCUGUAAAAUGAUUAGCUAUUAGGUAUAAAAAAAUCGAUUUAAUCAUCCUCUUAUCGAAAUAUAUCGUUAGGUGAAUUGAUGCGUUGAUUGAUAAUCUGCGUCAAACCAUCCCCGAUCUAGCUAUAGAUACCCUUGUGUAAGUCAAGAGACAUUUAUCGAAUGUUGAAUAUGGUACAAAUACUAAAAUAUUUUAAUAUGUAAAUACGGAGUUCUUGUCGAUAACAUUUGAUACUCAGUUUUGUUUACCAGACGUGUUCCCGUGUUUCAUAAGCCAAUCACAUUGGAAGCGGGCAGUUACAAGUUUAUUCUUUAUGCAGUUCAAUAAUUAUCGACGUUCAAUUGAAUUCGAAGCCCCAGACCGCUUGCUAACAAUAUCCUGAAAUUCCGAUUCUAGAUAAACACCAUUCCAAAUGUAACCAAUGUAGAAAAAUCCAAUUUUAUAAAAAAAAAAACUCAAUGCGACCGACAACGGA